UAGUGUAGCGUGGAGUUUUAAAAAAAUAAAAUAAAAAUAAUACAGAGAAACUUGGUAAUGGGAUUAUGGAAUGUAGGGGGUUCUCUUUUCCUUUAAGGUCUAGCAGUGUGUGUUCCCACUGCCUAAACAACAAAUGUAACUUUCAUAGAUUCAGAUAGGAUCCCGCUGCCAAUUUAUAGAUAUUUGCUGGCGAAAGGGGACACAUACAAUGGGAUCUGAAGGUGGUGCAGCUCAAGAAGCAAAGUUGCAGUCAUUGACCAGACAGGGCUCAUUGUAUAGUCUUACGCUCGAUGAGAUUCACACCCAGUUGGGGGAUGUGGGAAAACCACUUGGAAGUAUGAAUCUUGAUGAGCUUCUCAAGAGUGUGUCUAGUGCUGAAGCUAAUCUGGUCACAGAAACCACCAUUGACAAUGUAUGUGGCACUGCCCCAGGCUCCUCUCUGCAUCGGCAGGGGAGCCUGACAUUGUCGAGGGAUCUUAGCAAGAAGACUGUUGAGGAGGUGUGGAGAGAUAUUAAUCAGAAGAAGGGUGAUAAAAAUCAAGAGAGAAAAUCUCAGGAAAGACAGGCUACUCUUGGUGAGAUGACACUUGAGGACUUCCUGGUAAAAGCUGGGGUGGCUACUGAGUCUACUAAUCCAGUAGAAAAGAAUGCUAGUUAUGUUCUAGAGAUUGAUCAAAUUGUGGCAAGCCAGCAAAAUAUUGCUCAGCAUGCUCAAUGGAUGCAGUACCAGGUCCCUUUAGUGCAGCCACAGCCACAGGAGAAUAUAAUAGCCGUUAUUGUGCCCAAGCACUCUGUGGAUCAAUCUCUUCCUGUCAUAACUAAUCCAAAUGUGGAUGCAGCAUAUCCUGAAAGCCAAGUGACCUUGUCACCAUCCUCUUUGAUGGGUACAUUAUCUGAUACACAAACACCAGGACGAAAAAGGGUUGCUGCUGGACAUGUUGCUGAAAAGACUGUGGAAAGGAGGCAGAAAAGGAUGAUUAAAAAUAGGGAGUCUGCAGCCCGAUCACGAGCAAGGAAGCAGGCUUAUACUCAUGAGUUGGAAAACAAGGUCUCACAACUAGAGGAGGAGAAUGAAAGACUCAGAAAACAAAGGGCAGUGGAGUUCAUAGAAUGUGCACCACCUCCAGAUCCCAAGUAUCAGCUCCGGCGAACAAGCUCAGCCCCUUUAUGAUGUAAAAGUUUUGAGGUGCAUAUAGUUGCAUUGGUGUUACUCUUAUUUGCUCACACCUUUUUUAUCAAGACUCAGUUGCUCGGGCCAACUUAUCCAACUAGAGCUGUCUUGUUUCAUGCAGUUGUUGAUCAUUCUCCCUGUAUCUACAUUUUCUCUUAACUUCCACUCCAAACUUCUGAAUUGCAAAAGAUUUUCUUAUUUUCUUUUAAAACUGUUUGCCAUAA